AUGACCAAUUGCUUUGAAUUUCAAGUCUCAAAAGAAUUAUCUCAAGAAACACACCUCUGCCUAGACUUUCUAAGUCUGAGCACCGAUGAUCUCCUCUGGGAAUCAGCUUUCAACAAAAUAAAAGCAACAGUGUUUGAUGACUGCAAGAAAGAAGACGAAUGGAAGAUAAUGCUUUUAGAUGAAUUUACCACUAAGCUUUUGGCAUCGUGUUGCAAAAUGACAGAUCUUCUAGCAGAGGGUAUAACUGUUGUGGAGAAUAUUUAUAAGAUUCGGGAACCUGUCAGACAGAUGAAAGCUCUUUAUUUUAUCUCUCCAACAUCAAAGUCUGUAGACUGUUUUUUACGUGACUUUCCAAGUAAGUCGGAGAGUAAAUAUAAAGCGGCAUACAUAUACUUCACUGACUUUUGCCCUGAUAGUCUCUUUAACAAAAUUAAGUCUUCUUGCUCCAAGUCAAUAAGAAGAUGUAAAGAAAUAAAUAUUUCCUUCAUUCCACUUGAAUCUCAGGUAUACACUCUUGAUGUACCAGAUGCAUUCUAUUACUGUUACAGUCCGGAUCCCAGUAAUGCAAAUGGAAAAGAUGCUGUAAUGGAAGCUAUGGCUGAGCAGAUAGUUACCGUAUGUGCUAGCCUUGAUGAAAAUCCCGGAGUAAGGUAUAAAAGUAAACCUCUAAAUAAUGCCAGUAAACUUGCCCAACUUGUUGAAAAAAAACUUGAAAACUACUACAAGACUGACGAAAAGAGCCUAAUAAAGGGUAAAACUCAUUCCCAGCUCAUAAUAAUUGACCGUGGCUUUGAUCCUGUGUCCACUGUCCUGCAUGAACUGACGUUUCAGGCAAUGGCAUAUGAUCUACUGCCGAUUGAGAAUGAUACAUACAAGCAAGUCAGAAUUCGACACCGGCAUAUUGCAGUUGUAUUAGAGGAAAUUCCCAAGCUUAUGAAGGAAAUUUCAUCAACAAAGAAAGCAACAGAAGGAAAGACAUCACUUAGUGCUCUUGCCCAACUAAUGAAAAAGAUGCCGCAUUUCCGAAAACAGAUUACUAAGCAAGUUGUUCAUCUUAACAUAGCAGAAGAUUGCAUGAAUAAAUUCAAGUCUAAUAUAGAAAAGCUCUGCAAAACUGAACAGGACCUGGCACUGGGAACUGAUGCAGAAGGACAGAAGGUGAAGGAUUCCAUGCGAGUGCUCUUGCCAGUUCUGCUCAACAAAAACCACGACAAUUAUGAUAAAAUACGAGCAAUCCUGCUCUAUAUCUUCAGUAAUAAUGGAACAACGGAAGAAAAUUUGGAUAGGUUGAUCCAGAAUGUAAAGAUAGAAAAUGAGAGUGAUAUGAUUCGUAACUGGAGUUACCUUGGUGUCCCCAUUGUCCCCCCGUCUCCACAAGGCAAACCAUCAAGAAAGGAUCGGUCUGCAGAAGAAACUUUCCAACUCUCUCGAUGGACACCUUAUAUCAAAGAUAUUUUGGAGGAUGCCAUUGAUAAUAGAUUAGAUUCAAAGGAAUGGCCAUAUUGUUCCCAGUGCCCAGCAGUGUGGAAUGGCUCAGGAGCUGUAAGUGCUCGCCAGAAACCCAGAGGUAAUUAUUUGGAAGACCGAAAAAACGGGUCCACGCUGAUUGUUUUUGUUAUCGGAGGAAUUACGUACUCUGAAAUGCGUUGUGCUUAUGAAGUUUCUCAGGCACACAAAUCCUGUGGAGUUAUUAUUGGUUCUACCCAUAUUUUAACACCCAAAAAGCUGUUGGAUGACAUAAAGAUGCUGAAUAAAUCCAAGGAUAAAGUCUCCAUUAUGAAGGAUGAAUAGUAUUUGGGGGUGGGGUGGUUCUUAUUCAUUCUUUCAACUAAACUAGAUCAAGACGGUGUUGCUUUUAUGCAGUUUCAACAAUGUAAAUAUUUUAUGGAAUAAUGGCUUUUCAAAUAUAUUUCUUAAAGGACUGCUUAUGGUUACAUAUAAUUGGAUUUGACAUUUUUAAUUUAAAUGUUGAUAUUUUGUUGAUGAUGAGAAGAAAUAUUAAAAUGCUUUUAAAAGAAAAUAUUUUCACCUUUGGAAUAGAAUAUGAGUUGUGGGUUAUUUUUUGCAGCCACCUAUGUACAUACUAAUGACUUCUUAAAUACUUAUCUGUUUUAUACUGAAGUAUAGUUUUUGGGAAAAGAAUGAUUUUAAAUGAAAAGGUUAUAAAAUUAAAAACUGUAAAUGUGUAUAUAUGAUAUAGAAUUUUUCUAUACAUGAGAUUUUUCUUUCAACUAAAAUUUAUAAUUUCCUUUAUGUGUAAAAUAAUUCAGUUGUAAAAUUAGAAAGAUUUCACAGUAUGUACUGUCUUUCUAGAUACUUCUAAAGAACACAGUUUUAUAUCACUUUGAAAUCAUGUAUGUUUAAAUUGAAAAACCAAAAGUACUCAUGAAUAUUCUAAGAAAAAAUAAAUAUGUAGUUACAAAA